AUGGCUUUGAUUUCAUCAACGGAAAAUCAUAACUCCAGAAGAAGAAGAAAAUUAGAGCCUUCUUCCUCCAAAGAGGCUGAGAUGAAAAGAGUGAACGAAGAGGAAUUCGAGAUCAUAAUGGAGGGAGCGGUUCAGACACAAGUGGACCGUGAUGAGAAUGCUAUUCUGAAACAACAAAACAAAGAGAUUCAACAGGAAAGUGUCAUGUUGAGAGAGGCAUUAAGGAACUUGGUCUGCACCAACUGCAAUGGCCCACAGAUUCCGGCUGAUGUCUCUAUGGAGGAGGACCACCGUCUAAGAGCCGAGAACCACCGUUUGAGAGAUGAAAUAAACAGGGCGUCUGCUCUACCACAAAGAUCUAUGUCUCCUCCUCUAACCAAUACCAUCAUUAACCACAACUCAUUUGGAAAGUCGCAUUUUCUCCGGCUCGCUGAGAAAGCGCUCAACGAAUUGGCCAAACUAGUUAAUGUAAAUUAUCCUCUAUGGAUACAAACAUCUGGGCAAGGAGGAACUGGAGUAGGAGUCAUGGAAUCACUAAACCUAAAAGAGUACGUUAAAUCGUGCCCUCCUUGUUUAGAAAUCAAACCCGAUCCAAAUUCUACUCAUUAUGCCACUAGGGCAUCUGGCACGGUUGUUGCCAACAGCUCCUCGAUCCUCCAUGCCUUGAUGGAUCAAAAUCAAUGGGUAGAUUUAUUCCCAUGCAUCAUUGGUAAGAGUGUCACUAUAGACAUAAUUCAGACAGACAAUAGAACCUUGCAAAUGAUGUAUGUUGAGCUACAACCGCUGUCGCCUCUGGUCCCUAUUCUGCGAGUGAAGUUUCUUCGGUUCUGCAGACAGCUUGCGGAAGGAGUGUGGGCAAUGGUGGACGUGUCCGUUGAACGCUGCCAUGAAGUUUCGGCAUUUUUAAAUUGUACUAGGUUUCCUUCUGGUUGUAUUGUGCAAGAUAUGCCCAAUGGCAAUUGCUCCAAGGUUACGUGGAUAGAGCAUUUGGUAUACAAAGAGGACGAGAUUAGUCAUCCAUUAGUAGUAGGUUGUAGUUCGCCGUCUUUCAGUGCUCAAAGGUGGCUUGCCUCUCUUCAAAGACAAUACCGAUGCUUGGCUAUUGUCAGGUCACCUCCUGUUUCCACUCAUCAUGCUCGAACUAGUGAAAUGAUUAGUGAGUUGGCCAAGAGAAGCAUGGUUGGUAUGGCUCAUAGAAUGAUGCGUAGUUUUGGUUUCGGUUUAUGCUCGACUGUGCACCAAUGGCAGCUAGUCCAAGCCGGGGAAACAAGGCUUUCUGUACGUGAUAACAAUAUCAAUAAUCUCGGUGAGCCAAUUGGGGUGGUGCUGAGUGCCACAAAUUCCGUCUGGAUGCCCGUUUCCCAUCAACGCUUGUUUGAAUUUCUGAAGAAUAAACAGUUAAGGGGAGAGUGGGAUGAGUUAGAUAAUGCCAAUCCAAUGCAAGAGUUGGUUUGGAUCAGCAAGAGCAAUGUGGACGAACUCAACCGCGUGUCACUUCUUCGAAAGACUGAAAUAUCAAACAUGAAUCAAAAUGAUGUGCUUAUAUUACAAGAGGCACAAUCAGAUGCAUCGGGGUCCAUGAUAGUGUAUGCAGCGGUGGACAUGCCGGCAAUGAAGGUGGCGAUGAGAGGUGGGGAUUCAAGUUCGUUGGAGAUACUUCCGUCGUCGGGUUUACUUUCAUUCCGAAUAUCAAACGGGAUGAAAGCGAGGAGGAAUCGUGUUUGA